AUGGAAAAGUUUGAAGAGGAGCAUAGGGUAACAGAGAAUACCCUGAAAUCUGAGAUAUUAGAUCUCAAAUGCCGCAGUAUGCGUGACAAUUUAUUGUUCCACAAAAUUCCUGAGGAAAAAGAUGAAAUCUGCGAGCAAAAGAUACUACAGUUUAUUCAAGAAAAGCUAAAAAUAGACAAUGCUACAGAAGUAAUACGUCUGCAGAGAGCGCAUCGGAUCGGUCCCUACCAAGGCGAUAAGACCCGGCCGAUUGUGGCCAAGUUCUCCGACUUCCCUGAUCGUGAGAAAGUUCGUCGGGCGGCGAAGGAACUAAAGGGAACACAGUACGGGAUCUCGGAACAGUUUCCUAAGCAGGUUGUGGAGCAGCGCCGGAAACUGGUUCCCAUCAUGCUCCAGGCCCGGAAGGACGGCAAAGAGGCUUUUAUUAAGGUCGAUAAGCUGUUUAUCAACAACCAUCUCUACCGCGGACCCUGUUAG